UACCAAUCUGCUUCAUGAAGAACACGUUCAUUGGAAGCUCCAAGCACCGAUCGAAAAUCAGCAGUAGCUCUUCCGUCCUUCCCCCAGUUUCAUCAUGAUGGCCGAGAGCACCGAUUCCGUCUACGAUUUUGCCUUUGCCCCGAAGAAGAAAGUGGCCACCUACGGGAAAGGAGGGAGGCGGAGGACGGAGACGACAACGAGGCCGGCGACUCUCAAAUACUCGGAAUCAGCGCCGGCCGUUCCGUCAUCCUUCGCCGAGUCACACACAACAUUGCCCGACCCCCCUCGAUUGUCGACGCGCGCUACCGGCACGGCUAAUGCCAGGCGACAGACGACCCGCAAACCGGGGCCUGAGGCGCGCCAGAAACCGGCGGAGGAGGCCCACAGCCAGCCACUUCCCGACCCGUACGACGUCGACCCUUACGACAUUGACUCGCUGGCCGACGAGACUACCAGGACAAAAAAGAGGAGGGUUACGCGGGAGUCUUCCGAUAAGGGAAAGUUUACCGGUCCUUACUCAACGCCGGAUUCAUCCCCUUCAGGCGCUCGGUCGCCUGUUCCGAUGAGCGAGGAGGAAAUCCCGAGAUCGGCACCGGAUGCUAGCCCAUCUACCGCGUCGCGACGGAGCACACCUGAGCGGGAUGUUGAUAUGAAGGAUGACGCGCCCACUUCAAUGCCAUUCUCUGCGAAAACCACCCGCAAGUUGAAAAACCUCAGCGUCAGCUCCAAAAGCUCGGGAUUGAAGAAGCAGCAGAUCCCCAUCCGUCUUUCUGCCCCUGCUCCAAAGCCUGCUCCAAAACCUACAAAUAAGAACCCAUCACGCCCGGCCGAUGGCACUUCGAGCCAGGGACCCACUGCUCAGCCAGUCCGAAAAAGGCGCUUGAUUGAUACUUUGGCGGCGCAAGUUCAAGACGAGAUUAGUUCAUCUGAGGAUGAAACAUCGUCACACGAGUCAGAGAUUCUCGGUUCCCAAUCGCCAACACACUUCCAGGCCUCCCCGCCGCCUCCACCAACGGUUUUGGCCCAGCCGAACACGCUACCACGCCCCGUCUUAGCGACCAAGAAGACCGGCCCAAAAUUUACAUACACCCAGCAGCGGUCCAUGUUAGCUGAUGAGGACCCGCUAUUGGGAAGCGGUGGGCUUGGUGACAUUGGCGAUGGGCGGGCAGGAGGUGCGCUCUUUAACCUUGGGCGUCUUACCAAAAGCUCGACCAUAAAUACGUUUUCGUACCUUGAUGAAGACGACGAGACGGGCAACACCGGCGCCGUUCGAAGCAUUCACGAGUUGAGGCAGGCUGGUGCAAACAGCCGCUUCGCCGAUGAGAUGGACGACAUUCUAGAUAGAGUCGGCCUGCCGUCAGCCAAACCCUCUUCUCUACGGAGGGGCGCCUUGCUCGAGCUUGCUCAAAAAAUGAAGCACAAAGACUUCCGCCAGCAGUUUCGCAACCAUAGCGACGGAGGAAGCCUGUUCCGGUCGCUCGCAGAUGAAACGGACCUGAUCUCUGGAUAUGCAAUUUUGGCCAUAGUCAACACCCUUCUCGCCGCUACCACGUCGGCCCAUCUAAUCCAACAGCUUCGCUCGCAGGGCCUUGCUGCACUUGUGGGCAAGCUUCUUGACAAUGCAACCGACAUUGGGCAGCUCAUGAAGGACAGGAAACAGAAUGUCUCCCGAAACGGUCAGCUUACCAUCACGGACAUCAAAUCCUCGCUUCUGGGGCUUCCCGUCUGGGAACCUUUCUCUCCUACAUCACUGUCGCCGCGGACCCUAGCACUAAAAUGUCUCGACCUCCUUAUGCGGCAGCGCACCCACGCGUCUGUCGAGGAUGACGUGCUCUCUCAGGCAGUCACAGACCACUUGUUUUCGAUCCUCGCCGACAGCAUUUCCAACCCCGCUUUCUGGGACAUGUCCAAUCAAAAAGAAUCCGGGGACUUUUACCUGGCGCUCCAUGUACUAGAGGGCCACUCGGUCAGCGCGAUGCAGUCUCGGCUCGGUUCUGUGUGGACGAAACAGCAUGCCCCCGUCGUCGCCGAGGUUCUCGAAACAGCGCUGGGGCGGCCAGCCGACCAACUUGGCGACCUCGAGAAUCUCACUCUGAAGCUGGCUCUCAACAUCACGAACCACAAUGAGGAGGCUUCUCGACUAUUUGUCGAACAGGGGUUGCUUCAGCGCCUUGCAGAGUCGGCAUGCGGCGCGUUCGAGAUGGUUAUGAAGUCGAUGAAAGCGGAUUCAUUCAUGUCCAAGGUCCUAGAGUCUCUCAUCAUGAUGUUGGGAGCGAUGAUUAAUUUCUGUGUGUAUUAUCCGCCUGCCUCGAGCAGCCUCGAGGAACGAGGGGACGGCACAGGGUCGCCCCUUAACCGUCUCAUUCGGGUCUUUGCAGACAACCACUCGAAGACAGCUGACGCGGACUCGAUGGAAAAGACCCAGCUCAACGUUGCCUUGGGCUACCUCUCGGUUCUCCUCGGGUAUCUCUCCCUAACCACCUCGAUCAGGGAGCGUUUUGUUUCGGUUCACCCCAAAAAGAACAUGCAACCACUCCUCGAUUCGAUCAAUGAGUUCAUCACCUUCCAUCGCAAGGUUGCAGAAGCUCAGGGUGAUGAGGGAAUGAAGCAGGAGUCGGGGUCCUUGGCUCGUCUCCAAGAUCUAGCGAACCAACUGGCGGGGCUGCGAUGAAACGGCCUCUGCCCACCGCUCCC